UCGGGGCGCGCGCAGGGUGCGCGGCGCGCACGCGCAGUGUGGGGGCGCCGCUCCUGCGGUUCCGCGCCCCUCGCGGAGCUCUCCCCUGAGGGGCCAUGGCGGGGCCGCGGGUGGCGGCCGUGGAAGCGCUGGUGCGGGAGCUGCUGAAGGAAGAGGCGCCGUCCCGCAUUGCCGCCCUCACCGAGGAGCUGUUCGAGGCGGCGGAGACCAUCUCUCAGGAGGAUGGGAAAGUGGCGGAGGGAGAGCCCCCCGCUCCCAGCCUGUCUGAAGAAACGGGGGGUGCAUGUGCUUCACACCCCACAGCCUUGGCCCAGGUUGAAGAGAGUGCAAUCAGCUUGUGGAACUGGACUGUGACCAAACACACGGGUGCUGUUAUCAGUGAUGAGCAAAGAGCCAAGUUGCGGUUUGUUGCUUGCAGACUGAUUUGCCUUUGUGAAGGCAGCGAUCCUCCGGAGGGAACUAUUCGAAGACAGAUUUUGAUGUCUAUGAAAACUGGGAAAGGAUGGAUAGAUAUUGGAAAAGCUAGUCUUGCAGAUGGAUUUCUAGAGAAUGCCAUGAGUAGUAUAGAAAAGCUGUAUGUGAAGUUAAGGAAGGGGAGCGAGAGUGAAGCAGAUAUUCAAGUACACAGAGCUGAUGUGGAGAAGAGCCUUUUUAAAGUACUCUCUUACCAAGCUGAAUCAGCAGUUGCUCAAGGGGAUUUUCAGAAAGCAGUGAUGUGCGUGCAGCGCUGCAAAGAUAUGUUGAUGAAAUUGCCAAAAGAAACCUGUUACCUGUCAAUCCUCUGUUACAAUUUUGGAGUGGAAACCUAUGAAUGGAAGAGGUAUGAACAGAGCUCCUUCUGGCUCAGCCAGAGUUAUGACAUUGGGAAGAUGGACAUGAAAUAUUCUGUUGGCAAAGAAAUGCAGGCUAAAGUGCUGCGAUUGUUAGCUACGACCUAUUUUGAGUGGGAUUGCAGUCUGUACCUAGACAAAGCAUUGAAAGCCAUAAGCUUGGCAAAUCAGGAGAAUUUGCAUCCAGCGGGGUUUUUUUUGAAAGUUAAAAUUCUUCUUAAGAGUGGAGCAUCAGAUGAAGAUAUCAACUCAGCUCUUGCAGAAUUCAUGCACCUUGAGAUGUCUUUAGACUUCUGUUUGAAUACUGCCAAACUGCUGCUGGAGCAUGGAAGGGAAUCAGUUGGUUUUGAUUUUCUGAAAUCUGUUCCUGAACGAUUUGAAUCUUCACCUGACCUUGGAAAAAUUACCCUGCUCCACAUCGAGUUCCUGUUGCAGAAUAAGAGGGAGCUGCUCGCUAAGCAAAAGAUUGAAGAAGUUAUUAUAGGUCAUUAUACUGGGAAACAGCUGUUGCCUGAAGCCUUGAAUCAGCUGCACAUCAUCUUGUGGGACAGAGCUGCCAAACAUUAUGAGGAGAAAAGCUAUUCUGAAGCCCUUCACUGGUACAAUUAUUCUGUCAGCUUCUAUACACCAGGGCAGAUAGAUCAGAACUUGGCUAAGCUGCAGAGGAACAUGGCUUCUUGCUAUCUUCAUCUGAAACAAGUUGACAAGGCUAAAGAGGCAGUUAAACAAGCAGAGAGGUGUGAUCCAAACAGCAUCUUUACUAAGUUCAGUGUCUAUAAGAUUGCAGUGAUGGAGAACAAUACUGAUAAAGCAAUGGAAGCAGUUAUUGAAAUGGGGAAGCUAGCAGAAAAGCCAUCAGAACAUGAAGACAAGCUGGGAGUGGAUAAAAAUACAGGCAGCAACCUCUUCAGUUUAGCUGCCCAAAUUGCUUUAGAGAAUGACCAGCAAAUUGUGGCUAUCAAAGCUUUGGAGUAUUUGUCUGAACAUUUACAAGACUGCCGACAAUUAUUUCCAGCCUUAAAAUGUUUGGUCCGUCUGAUGUUAUCAAAAGUCUUGGCAGAAAAUGCAGGGAAAAGAGAUGAAGAUAUCAACUCAAUGCUGACUUACUUGAACUUAGCUCACAAGAAACUUGCUGAGUCUUUCACCGAAGAGAAAUUUACAGGGGACAUGAGGAUCCUUGAAGCUCACUGGUUUAGAAAAGUUGCUUGGAACUUAGCUGUACAGUUCAAGGACAGCCCUGAAAAGAUGAGGGAUUUUUUUGUACUGUCUUUCAAGUUGUCCCAGUUUUGUCCCUCUGACAAAGCUGUUCUAAUUGCUCAGAAGACAUGCCUGUUAAUGGCAGCUGCAGUUGAUCUGGAAAUGGGAAGACAGCAAAUAACACCUUCAGAACAGACGGAGUUUUUUAGUCAGGCCCUUCAACAUCUUCAGACAUGCAAGGAGAUAUGGAAGGUGCUGAAAUUAACAGGAGAUUUUGCUAAAGACCCAACAGACACUUUGUUGCUGCUUUAUGAAUUUGAAGCAAGAUCCAAACUGAAUGAUCCAACACUUCACAAUCUUAUGGAGUCAGUUUGGGAGCAACCACAAAUAGAGAUCAAGACACUUGAAAUCAUUGCAUCAUUAGCAAUGGAGUCUCCAGCUCGGUAUCCUGUACUGUGUAAGAAAGCUCUCAAGAGUGCACUAAACCUUCACAGAAAGCAGGCUGUCAUUGAUGCUGUGAAAUUUAGCAAGUGCUUACACAGUUUGAUUAACAUUUCUUUGCCGACUGGAUUGACAGACUUGGAUACCUGUGUGCUGCAGGAGGUGUGGGACUACUUUGAAGAUGCUCUGAGUGUAGUCAGCAGCACAUUUUGAGGUGAAGAUUGUUCUCUGAUGAGGUGCUGCUGCUUAUUUGCUACCUCAGGAUGCUUACCCAGAGAUGGAGAUCCUUUGGUUGAUGACAAGAGCCUGGAAUACAGGAAUAUUUCAGUAUACUGUUGGUAAAUACAAGGAAGCUGAGCAGUGGUGUGGAUUGGGAAUGCGUUUCCUCAAUCAUUUAGGAUCUCUGAAGAAAAGCUAUGAAGGCCAUGUAAGUGUGCACAGAGGGAUUUGAGGAUGUGAGAUUGGAUGUCUGGCCUGAAUUUGAGAUGUGGCUCUGGGUGAAGAAACCACUGCUGAUGAUCUUUAGAGUUUCAGGAGAAUCAUGGUAUCUAAAUAUUUUGGGAGAGCCUGGUGCUAAAAGAUUUUCUCAAAGUGAGGCCAGAAAAGUUUUGAUAGACAACAGAGAGAAUAAUGUAGCACUCUUUUACUGGAGGGGUGAUAUAAAUGGGUGACUGGAAAUAAACUUCUGUUUGUGGCCAUGGGAGAGCCUUGUACCUUUGCCUGCUUUAACUAAAGUCAAGGUACUGUGCCAGUUUACUUAAAUCAGCUGUUAUGUGAAUACUUUCAAGCUUGGUUUCUAGCAUAAUCUAAUGUCUUUAUUUAUAAGGUUUAAGACGGUGUGAAGAUAAUCAGUAAAGCUCACCUUCUCAGGUACAGCUUAGCCACUUCCUAUGAGGAGAAAUUUCCAGGCUAGCACCUUUGUAGGUGAUACUUUGCAAUGACACUUCUUACUCUGUCACAAGUAAACUUUUUCUUUCAGCUUUUGGCUGCUGCUCCUGUCUAGAUUGCAACCCAGUUCAGCCUGGCUGGUGUCACCACUCAUUCUCUUGUGUACAAGCUGAGCAGUCAAGGGGCUGGCUGUAACUCCUACACCAUUUUAAAUGCAUCAGUUAAGACAAUAAGAGCUGAAAAUAAGAAGUCUUUCCCACACUCAACAUUAAUUCCCAAUGUCUGUGAUUUGGUUAAUAGGUUUAUGUACUGAUACAAGAUUCAGAUAUAAACUAUGCUUUAUGACUGUAAAUAAAACAACUUUUGUUAGGUUGCACUGAUCUUUUUUUUAAAAACCAUUGUAUUUUAACCUGUGUCAAAAAUCUUUACAUCAGUUUGAAAUUUAAGUUUUAGAAGCUGGUGGUAGUCUUCCACCUAUUCCCUUGGUUUUGUUCUCUGUCACUUGGUUGAAUUGAUGCAUUUUUAUCCAUCCUUGUUGACAAUUGUGGUGCUCAUAUUCUCCAGAUGGUUGGCCUUUAUAGUGAGGUUCUGGACAAGCUGGACAGAGCAAAAGGAUUUAUUCCAAAUGAAGAAUAAUGACAGCCACAACUACAAAAAAGAAAAGCAGUCUCUCUUGGAAAUGUUGUGCUGAAUGAGAGGCCGUUAGCUCUGUGAAGGCACGGGGCCAUGGGAGCAGUGGAAAAGAAACCAGGAUCUCCUUCUUGUUGGCAAAGAAGUUAUGUGCUUUUUAGGAAGUGUUUAUUCAAUAAAUGUAAUUGUUUUCCUCUAGGGAAUAAUUUUCAUUCUCUGGAGCUAUUUAACUGUUAGAAAUAAAUAUUUAACUUUUACAUGA